GUACAUUUUAAUUAUCAAUUAAGAUGGAUAUCCGAGGUGCUGUAGAUGCUGCUGUCCCAACAAACAUCAUUGCUGCCAAAGCUGCUGAAGUUCGGGCAAACAAAGUAAACUGGCAGUCGUAUCUCCAAGGGCAGAUGAUUUCAGGUGAAGACUGUGAAUUUAUUCAGAGAUUUGAACAGAAAAGAAAUCCAGAAGAAAAACAGGAGUUGUUGCAAACAGAAGGCAAUCAAUGUGCUAAAACAUUUAUAAACUUGAUGACUCAUAUCUCCAAGGAACAGACGGUUCAGUACAUUUUGACUAUGGUUGAUGAUAUGCUGCAAGAAAAUCACCAGCGUGUUAGUAUCUUCUUUGAUUAUGCAAAACGUGGUAAAAAUACUGCAUGGUCCUAUUUUCUGCCAAUGUUGAAUCGACAAGAUCUUUUCACUGUGCAUAUGGCAGCAAGAAUUAUUGCCAAACUGGCUGCAUGGGGAAGGGAACUUAUGGAAGGCAGUGACUUGAAUUACUAUUUCAACUGGAUUAAAACUCAGCUCAGUUCACAGAAACUACGCGGUACAGGCGGUUCUGUGGAAGCAGGAGCAGUCUCCACAAGUGAUAGUUCCCAGUAUGUACAAUGUGUUGCUGGAUGUCUGCAGCUGAUGCUCAGAGUCAAUGAGUACCGCUUUGCAUGGGUAGAAGCAGAUGGAGUAAAUUGUAUCAUGGGAGUCUUAAGCAACAAAUGUGGCUUCCAGCUCCAGUAUCAGAUGAUUUUCUGUGUGUGGCUGCUGGCAUUUAGCCCUCAAAUGUGUGAAUAUCUCCGUCGAUAUAAUAUUGUUCCAGUGCUGUCAGAUAUUCUUCAGGAAUCUGUCAAAGAGAAAGUAACUAGAAUCAUCCUUGCAGCAUUUCGGAAUUUGUUAGAGAAAUCUACUGAGAGAGAAACUCGCCAAGAAUAUGCUCUCGCCAUGAUUCAGUGUAAAGUUUUAAAGCAGCUAGAGAACUUGGAUCAGCAGAAAUACGAUGAUGAGGACAUAAGUGAAGAUAUCAAAUUUCUACUGGAGAAGCUUGGUGAGAGCGUGCAAGACCUUAGCUCCUUUGAUGAGUACAGUUCUGAGCUCAAGUCAGGACGACUGGAAUGGAGUCCUGUACACAAAUCUGAGAAGUUUUGGCGGGAGAAUGCUGUAAGACUAAAUGAGAAGAACUAUGAACUACUUAAAAUCCUGACAAAACUUCUGGAGGUUUCUGAUGACCCACAAGUGCUGGCUGUAGCUGCUCAUGAUGUGGGAGAAUAUGUACGACACUAUCCCCGUGGGAAACGAGUGAUUGAACAACUUGGUGGUAAACAGCUGGUAAUGAACCACAUGCAUCAUGAAGACCAACAAGUUCGUUAUAAUGCUCUACUGGCUGUCCAGAAGCUGAUGGUUCACAACUGGGAAUACCUUGGAAAGCAGUUGCAGUCAGAACAACCUCAAACAGCCACUGCACGGAGCUAA